AUGAGAGUUGAAAAAGAAGCAACAAAAGGUGAAGGUGGAUAUGUUGGUGGUUUUUUCCAGUUGUUUGACUGGACCUCAAAAUCUCGUAAGAAAUUAUUUGCAACCAAGUCGGAUUCACCAGAGUCUUUGAAACAGAGAAGAAAAAUUGAUGGCAACUUGGCAAUGACACAUCCCUUUCUGGUGGACGAAGAUGAUAUUGGAGUAGGGAUAAGCAUUAGAGAUAGUAACGAUCAUAGUUAUGCUUCAUCUGUUAUAGAUGAUGAAGUAUGUGGAACAAGGGCCCCUAGUGUAGUUGCCAAGCUAAUGGGAUUAGAUUCCUUGCCCUCUUCCAGUUUGCCUGAUCCAUACUUUGACAGCCAAUCUCUUCAAGAUGUGCAGUAUUGGAAGACAAAUCACAAUCAUCUCCAUGGUCAUCAGAUUCUAUAUUCUGGAAAGUUGAUUGAACAGUCUGAGGGAUCUUCUAGGAACUUCAUGGAGACAAAACCGCAAAAGACCCUAAGCAGGCCAAUUGAAAAGUUUCAGACUGAAGUAAUGCCUCCCAAAUCAGCUAAAUCUAUUCCUGUUACACACCAUAAACUUUUGUCCCCUAUUAAGAGCCCUGGCUUUGUUCCAGCAAAUAAUGCUACUUACAUAAUGGAGGCUGCUGCAAGAAUUAUUGAACCCCGCCCCCUAGCUACUGCAAAGGCUAAAACACCUUUGGUAGCAUCAUCAAUAGUGUCAUUGAGGAUUAGAGAUCUCAAAGAUAAAGUAGAGACUUCACAAAAAGGACCACUAAUUGGGUCAUCUUCACUAAUGUUUAAAGUUAGAGAUCUAAAAGAAAAAAGAGAAAUUCCUCAUAGAACCAGCAGAUUUUUUGAACCUUCACAAGGGUCAGCUGAGUCUAAUUAUUCUAAGCAUCUAAAGGGACAAUCUUUCAACAAAAGUUGGAAUGGGUCAGCAGAUGCACCUCUUAGAUAUCUUACUGAAGAAGGAGAACAUUCUUUUUUGAAGAAUAAAGGGAAGUCUGUUUCACUUGCAAUCCAAGCAAAAGUUAAUGUUCAAAGAAGGGAAAAGGAAGGCUUGAGUUUAGGUGGUGCAAAAAGUUUGGUGGAUGAAAAAGAACAUUGUGACAUAAAAACCCACCAGCUUUGGAAGGCAAAUGUUCGAAAAAGUUUGCAAAAGAAACCUUAUAAUCAAGAUGCUUCUGGUGUUCUCAGGCAAAAUAAUCUGAAACAGAAUUGCUCAACCGAUAAAGAUAAACUACCAUUUAAGCCAUUAGUUUCCAGUUUACAUAGUAGAAAACUUUUGACUGGGGGGGAUUCCUCUCAUGGACGUCAUAGAAGCUCUAGUAGUAAAUCCAUUGCAAAAUCUAAAGCUGGAUCUAAAAAAUCAUCAAUGCAUGUGACAGAUAGUGAAAAGGAAGUUUUAUAUACUCGUACAAAUAAUUUCCCUAGGAAGAAGAGGUCCACAGACAGGGACUGGAAUGAUAGGGUUGUUGAUAAUUUGUUCAUUGACAAAACUCAGAAGCUUGUUCAAUCUAAAGUUAGUAAUGAACACCAUAGUUGGGCUGAAGAAGUAAAAAAGAAAGACACGGAUGUAGUUUCCUUCACAUUUAGCAUGCCGUUGACAAGGAGCAGUUCUGGUUUUGAGACAUCUGAACAAGCUGGCUUGAAGACUAAUGGCCUUUUAGAUCAGCAUAUUGAAAGAGGGUUGCUUGACACUGACAGUACAAGGUUUCCAGUAGGAUACAAUGGGAUUGGUGGUGAUGCCUUAGGUAUUCUUUUGGAACAAAAGUUAAGGGAAUUAACAUGUGGAGUUGAGAACUCAUGUGAUGACUCUUUCAAAGCAUGGUUACCUUCUAGUACUCCACCAACAUCAAAAGAUCUGGUGCCCACCCUUAAUUCAGUUAACCUCAUUCCACAGUUGCAACAGAAGAAAGAGCAAGAUGUGACAUUGACAGAAAAGUUAUUCGGUAGCCCUGAAUCUGACAUUUCCUACACUUGUCUUCCAGAAUUAUCAUACAAACAUAGACUUGGGGUUGAUGAGAUGGGGGAGUGUAAGAGCAAUCUUGUGGAUGCAGAAUUAUUCAAUUCCCGACAGCCUAGUUCAAUGUCUGUUCUUGACCCUUCUUUUUCUACGGAAAGCUGUGAAUCUUCAUUCCACACAAAUGAUUCCAGUGCAGAAGAUCAAAACAGAAGGAAACAAGUUGUGGGCUUUAAUUCAUCAAGGAGGCACUAUCCUACAGGAGCUGAUAUAGAGUUGUUUGAUUCAGCUUGUUCAGCAUCAGCAAAGAAACACACAAAUGCAUUUUCUCAAAUGAAGUUUGGUUGCUCAAGUAGUAGAUGGGAGUUGGAUUAUGUGAAUGAUGUAUUGUGUAAUGUGGAGUUGAUGUACAUGGACUUUGCUCUUGGUAGAGCUCGUGACAUUGUGAACCCUCACUUGUUCAACCAGUUGGAGAGUCGAAAGGGAAGGUCUGAGAGUGAUGGUGGGAAGAGUAGGAUGAGAAGGAAAGUCAUAUUUGAUUGUGUGAGUGAAUGUUUGGACUUAAGAUGCAGGCGUUAUGUUGGUGGGGGAUACAAAAUGUGGGCCAAAGGAGUUGCAAUGGUAAGAAGAAAUGAAUGGUUGGCAAAGGAAGUGUACAAGGAAAUUUCAAGUUGGAGGGAUAUGGGAGAUUCCAUGGUUGAUGAGCUUGUAGAUAGAGACAUGUGCAACCCAUAUGGACGAUGGCUAGAUUUUGAGGUUGAUACUUUUGAACUUGGUGCAAAGGUUGAAGACCAAAUAUUUAAUUCUUUGGUUGAUGACUUCGUGGCCGAAAUCCUGUAA